AUGGAGGAAGGGGGCUGGGGGGCAGCAGCUGUGGUCCUGUGGGACAGGGGGGCCAAGGCACUGGAGCAGUGGGAGCUGGGGACAGUCCCGGAGCAGGAUGGGGGGACGGAGGGCUCCCAGCCACGCAUGGACCCAGGCGCCCGCAGCUCUGCGGCAGGAGCGAGCUGGGGAGACACCGGGGCAGGUGACAGUCAGGAGGAGAGCCCAGAGAGGGGGAGCACAUCACCAAGCAGAGCAGGAGCCACAUCCCCCGGGCAGAAGACGGAGCAGAAGCGUGGCGGCAGUGCCGGAGAAGCGCAGUCACAGACCAACACCUGCGAGGCGUGUGGGAAGAGCUUCAGCCUGCGCUCCAACCUGCUGACCCACCGCCGCAGCCACCUGGGCGAGCGGCCCUACGCCUGCCCCGAGUGCGGGCGCUGCUUUGGACAGAGCUCCCACCUCCUCACCCACCAGCGGCUGCACACCGGGGAGCGGCCCUACCGCUGCCGCGACUGCGGCCGCAGUUUCAAUGUCAACUCGGACCUGGUGAAGCACCGGCGGACGCAUACAGGCGAGCGGCCCUACUCCUGCCCCGAGUGCGGGCGCCGCUUCGGCAGCAGCUCCAACCUCACCCGCCACCAGCGGCUGCACACAGGCGAGCGGCCCUACCGUUGCCCUGACUGUGGCGAGAGCUUCCGGGACUGCUCCUCGCUCACCAUCCACCGGCGCGCCCACACUGGCGAGCGGCCCUACCCCUGCCCGGCAUGUGGCAAGGCCUUUGCUGACAGCUCACUGCUGGCCAAGCACCAGCGCACACACCGCGCCGAGAAGUCCUUCGCCUGCCCCGACUGCGGCAAGAGCUUCUCCACCAGCUCCUAUCUGCUGCGGCACCGGCGCACCCACCUGCCUGAGAAGCCCUACCGCUGUGGGGAGUGCGGCCGGGGCUACAGCCAGUUCGCCCACCUCACCACCCACCAGCGGGUUCACACUGGUGAGCGGCCCUACGUCUGCCCUGAGUGCCGCAAGAGCUUCACCACCAGCUCGGCACUCACCAAGCACAAGCGUGUCCACACCGGCGAGCGGCCCUACGUCUGCCCCGACUGCGGCAAGAGCUUCACCCAGAGCUCCAAUGUCAUCACCCACUGGCGCCUGCACGGCCGAGGGGGGCGGCGGGCACGGCGGGGGGACGUGCCGAAAACCUGCGGGCAGUGCGAGAAGACCUUCUCCCGGCGGUCGGAGCUGCUGAUCCACCAGCGGCUGCACACGGGGGAGAAGCCCUACAAGUGCCUGGACUGCGGGAAGAGCUUCACCCGCAGCUCGAACCGCAAUGCCCACCAGCGCAUCCACAGCGGGGACAGGCCCUACAAGUGCCCCGACUGCGGGAAGAGCUUCGGCCAGAGCUCGGACCUGGCAAAGCACCAGCGGCUGCAUGCCGGCGAGCGGCCCUACGCCUGCGCCAAGUGCGGGAAGAGCUUCAGCUGGAGCUCAGACCUCGUCGUCCACCAGCGCAUCCACACCGGCGAGCGGCCCUACAAGUGCCCCCAGUGCGGAAAGAGCUUCAACCGCAGCUCCAACCUCAACACGCACCAGCGGACCCACCUGGGCGAGCGGCCCUACAAGUGCGCCGACUGCGGCAAGAGCUUCAGCUACAGCUCGGCCUUCCUCAAGCACCAGCGGACCCACACCGGGGAGAAGCCCUACCAGUGUGCCGGCUGUGGGAAGAGCUUCUUCGAGAGCUCGGCCCUGAUCCGCCACCAGCGCAUCCACACCGGGGAGACCCCCUACCAGUGCCCCCACUGCAGGAAGAGCUUCAAGCAGAGUUCAUCCCUCAUCACCCACCUGCGCACCCACACUGGGGAGAAGCCCUACAAGUGCGGCGACUGCGGCAAGAGCUUCAUCGUCAGCUCGGCCCUCAUCAGGCAUCAGCGGAUCCACGCUGGGGAGCACCCCAACAUCUGUGUGGAGUGCGGCAAGAGCUUCGCGCAGAGUGCAGCGCUGCUGGCCCACCGGCGCAGCCAUGGUGGGGAGAAGCCCUUCGCCUGCCUCGACUGCGGCAAGAGCUUCGGCCUCAGUGCCAACCUGCUGCGGCACCGGCGUGCCCACGCUGGCAGGAGCCCGCAGAGCUGCCGGGACUGCGGGAAGGAGUGCUGGCAAAGCUUCAGCCAGAACUCGGACCUGGUGAAGCACAUGCGCAUCCACACCGGGGAGAAGCCCUAUGCCUGUCCCCACUGCGGGAAGCGCUUCAACGUCAGCUCCAACCUCAUCCGCCACCAGCGCAUCCACACUGGCGAGAAGCCCUAUGCCUGUGCCGACUGCGGCAAGAGCUUCACCGACAAGUCCACCCUCACCCAACACCGCCGCAUCCACACGGGUGAGAAGCCGUACGCCUGCGCCUACUGUGGCAAGAGCUUCAGCCGCAGCUCCCACCACAAGCGGCACCAGCGAACCCACGCAGGGCAAAACCCCGUCUCCCUCCUGCCCCUCUGGCCCUACCCCAGCCAGCCCUGCUAG